UCUACAAUUGUUUGACGCGCACUUAUAUAUUUUCGACGCGACAUAUCGCGCUUUAUUUGACGCAGUUUAACGCCGCGCGUUAAAUAGCCGACGACGUACCUUAAUAAGAACCGGCAGCGCUAAUUCUCGGGCGGGCUUCCCUAUACGUUGUCCCGGUCCGCCGUCAUCGUCAGCUGUGCGAAGGUCAGGGUCGCGUUUGCGCGCACGGGAGGGUGCAAUCGAUGCAACAUCGUAGCCCCUCGCCGGAUGUAGUUGCCAUGGCGACCGUCUCUCCUGACCCCUUUGCCUAGAGAAGAGCGAGGCGGACUGUAGUCUGUCGACGCGCGAAGAGAGACCGAGAAUUGGGUAUUAGAGUUAGACGCGAGAGAGAGAGAAAGAGAGAUGACAGAAUGCGCCGAUGCGUUUCGAGUAUUCUGCGUAUCCUUUCGUUCUUUUUUUCGCUCCACGAUUCGUUAAAGGCGUACAUUCCGCACGAGGAGUUCCUUCCGUGUGUGUUCCUUUCCACUUGUUUCGCGUCCCAACGCGCGAUUUGUUUUAGGGUGCGCGAACUUUAUUCCUAUGCGAGUGCACGCGUAUAAUUGUGUCCCCCAAGUGACGUUUUCUGCGGUCUUUUUUUAGAUUUUGUGUGAUGACAAAUAUAUCAGUCGGUGGAGAAAAUACAUGAAAUAAAAAGCAGCAGGACAAUGUCGACGAGCACCGCCUCCAGCGGAGGCGGCGGUGCCCUUAGCCUGAUGGGUUGCGUAAGGGAGGCCUCGCCGCCUCCUCAGAAUCAUCACCCGCAUCAUCACUAUCAUCAUCAUCAUCACCCACAGCUUCGCCCUUUCGGCGAGUUCCCGGCUCAGCACAGCAUCGAUCCUGCGCCCAAAGAACCAAAGAAGCGCCGUUUUCAUCCGCUCCGCGGUCUUCGAAAGAUUUUUCGGCGGAAAAGCCGUGGUGCUGCCGACGCGCAUCUCGUUUCCAAUUCAAGUGAUCGAGAUGCUGAAUUGGCGCGUCUCCCCCGGGAGGAGAUCACGAUGAGACAUCCCGCAGGACGUCCCGAAGAAGCUCGCAGCAGAAGUGCCAGCGAGCUCCUCACCGACGUCUGCGAUCGGGAAAGCGUAUUUCUCCGGAGAGGAGGAACGGAGGAUAACUUCGUCAAGUUACGAGGAGGCGCCGGCAAGUUGUCAGUGUCGCAUGAUAGCGUUUUCCCCGGAGAAGUUCCUUAUACACGGCCUCUUUCCUCGCUGGCCAGCUUGACGACGCUCGAGCGAAGACAGGCUAGGAAGAGUAACGAGAUUAUCGAACACAAGGAGUGCAAUCAUCACGCUGCACAAAGGCACCGGAUAUCCCUGCGGGUACUCGAACAAAUCAAGACGGUCAUAGAGAACCGGAACCAACUGGCCUCCGCGACCUCGCCAGAUACGACCAGUAUAGUGCAUGCUGCUGGCGAGCGGUAUCAGCAGGAAACCACCGAGAAUCGCUUUGCCGUGUUCGACAAGCAUGGAGAGAGAAACAGCGUGGAGGACUGUCAGCAGGCAAAGAUUACGAGAUCGACGAAAAAUACGGUCGACCGAACCGUUCUGGUGGCCAAGGAAGAUUUACCACAAUUGGAAAGCGCGAGCUUGAACCACACGGCGGCGCAUCACAGGAUUUCCGUGCGUCCGAAGAACCGACGUCCACCACGUCGUACAGCGUCGACGACGACGUCGUCUGCCGACGUCGGCGUUUCUAAGUCGUCAUCGGUACCACCGACUAUCGUCGAGGAUACCCUGGACAGUUUGGAGCAGCAGAAGCAGGAGCAGCAGCUGCCUCAAUCGACGAUCAGCAAUGGUAGUUCGUCGCCGACAGAAUUACCACCAAAGGCUGUUGGCGUAAUCAGAAAGUCGUCAAGCCGGUUGUCUCGCAACUCCGACAUCUUCGAGGAGUUAGAGUCGAGGUUGCCGAGGAAGACGAGCGCGACCUCGUUGUCGCCAGACAGUCUGGACGUAACAACGACGAUAUCACGGAGCAGCGCGGAAAUGCCCGUCACCGAAGAACAGCAGCAGCCGGAGAUCAAAUGGAUCACUAGGAAACCAUCAAACCGGAUAUCCAAGCCCGACGUAUUUGAGGAACUGGAGGCAAAAUUGCCGCGCAGAAGAUCCUCGUCGAAUCGAUUGUCCAAAUCGCCGGACAGCCUGGACUCUGUUCCCUGGUUCUCCAAAUCCACCGAAGAGGUCUUCGACAAACUCGUGGAGUAUGAAGAGAUUGCGAAGCCGGUCAUUUCGGCCAGGCGACCGCUGCUGAAUCCCAUCUCGAAGUCCACCGAUCGCGUCUCCAAGUCGUCGGACAGUCUAGAGGCGAUCGAACCGCUGGUAAGCGACGAUUCGAUCGAGCGGCGACGAAACAGUUUUGAUUUCCGGGCGCGCAAGAGCUCGAAAUUAAUAUCUAAAUCGUCGGAGAACUUCGACGUGCUCGAGCAAAGCGGCUGCAUUGGAGAGGAGAUCGGCCAGGAGUUGCAGAAAAGGAGUAGCGUGUCCGAUAUUAAUUUGUCGCGCAGCCAAAGACUGUCGAAGAGCAUUUCCAAGUCGUCCGAGAGCUUUGAAAGGAUUGACAUGAGCGACAUGAAGGAUGACGUCGACGUAGAAGUGCUGUUGGAUGAUGAUACGCCAAAAGCGGGUGGACGGUCGACCAAGAGAAUGUCCUCGGAAAGCUCGGACAAUCUAGACGUGGAGGAUAGACUGGAGAAUAGGAGGGUCAGAAGGACACCCAAGAGAAUGCCGAGCACCAGCAUAGUGGACAUGAUAGUUUCUGGGGACGAUCACGAGAGGGAGAGGCGACCGACUCCUACCAGGAAACCAUCAAGGCUUCAAAAGUCUUCCGAAAGUUCGGAACUGGGUAGUACGGAUACUCUGGACUCGGAGAGAAGAAACAAAUCGUCGGAGAGCACCGAGACGCUGGACAGUUUGGAGAAAGACUUGGAACAGGAUAGAAAAGACGAGGAGAUUACGGAUAACGUGGUGGACAAGCGUGAAAAAAAUGAUUCUUGGUCCAGCAGAAACGCGGCAGUGACCGAUUCCGACCAAGCAUCGAUGGGAGAUGACACUGAGGACUCUAAGUCGCUUAUUUCUGCCGAUAACAAAUACUAUUGGCGCCAGUCCUCUGAGCCAGUCUCCAAGGAGAACUUGGGUAUUCAGCAGUUAUUAGCUAUUACAAUAAUGACCAGGAUGGCCGAUAACGGUAACAAUCAACGCGGUUCCGUCAUUUAUCCGAAGAAAAGACAGCAGAUGAGUACAUCACAACCGACGUCACCGGUAGCCAAGCAGGAGGACACGAAGAUGUUGUUCGACAAUCUGCUAGUGAGCAGCAAAAACGAUGAAGACCUGCAGAACAUGCUCAACGGAAACAUAUCGGAAGUGUCAACCGACACUAAAAGCUUUAAGGAAAAGCUAAUCAUGUUCGAGAAACUCGGGAAAUAAACGCGCGACAAUAGAACGAUGUGAAAUCGUUUUCACCAUUUCUUUUUCGAAUAGACCACUUGAAUCGUGAUCGAAGCUUAAUGUAGAGAAAGAAGAUACGGGAAACCUGAGAAGAGAUAAGCGAUCUCGUUUAGUACUUGAUAAAUGUACACAUAUUGUUGUAGAGUACAUCCUAGUGGAAUUAUACCCUAGUGGAAUUAUUGAAUCACAAAGUCGGUACAAAAAGAAAUCAAAAAUUCGAUUGCAGAUAAUUAUUUUUUGCAGAGAAUUUUGUUUGAUUAUUCAAAGUUAUGGAAUUGAAAUAAAGAAAAAAUGCAAAAUAUAGAUUCGCGUGAUGAGCGUAAUUAUAUGUAAAAAAAAUAGUAAAUUAAAAUAUAUUCUAAAUACUGAUUUAGAGAAGAUAAAUUUUUGAAGUAUUAAAUUUUGUGAAGUAUCAACGUGAAAAUACUUGAUAUUUAAAUUAUGUCUAAAUAAUUUGCAUGUUUUGUACGUUAAUUUUUGUAACUAUAAAUGUAAUGUAACAUCACGGAAUCUAUAUAACUCCAAAAAUCAAAAUAAUAUCAGUUCAGGUAGAAAUACCUGGAUCUACUUUGUUGUCGAUGAGUUUAUGAAACAAAAAUAUCAACCCGGCGGCAAUUUUCUCGCUCGUAUUU